GCUGCUACGAGGACGUAACAAAGCGCACGGCGCGUUCUACAAGAAGACGCGAGCGCGCGCCUCACCAUAUAUAUAUGGCGAAGGCGAAGGUUCUGUGGGGAAAGCAAGCGGCAACGACGAGCAAGGGCUCCUCGCCGGUGCGCGCCGGCGACGGGGCGACGAUGCCCAGAGGGUACGUACCCAUGCGGCUCGUCGGCGGCAGCAAGGAGCAACAGAGGAUCCUCGUGCCGGUGGCGCUGCUCAAGGAGCCUCGCAUGGUGGAGCUGCUGGAGAUGGCCGAGCGGCUGUAUGGGUACGGGCAGCCCGGCGUGCUGCGGAUCCCCUGCGACGCCCGCCGCUUCCAGCACUACAUGCAGCAGCUCAUGGGUCUGGCGUGCAUGGCCAGCAGGUAG